GGCCGCCUUCAGCAGGAGGGCUCGUGCAGAGAGGUCUGCCGUGGCAAAACAGCCCUCUUUCAGCUCCAGUAAUGAUGACGGCGAUGGACGAGAGGCGGCAGAGUGUCCAGGGGCGCUCACUGCUGACAGCCAAGGGCCACAACCCCGCCAUCCCCUCACGUGGUAGGCGUCGACACUCGUGGGCAGACAGAUCACAGCCAAGCUCAUCUGAUUCAUGAAUCAAUCUCAUGGAAGGAUGUGUGUGAGUGUGUGUCUGAUUUGUUUGUCAUGCAGAAGCGCAUCUACCAGAUGGACGGCACGGCGCUGCGUCGUUCGAUCCAGGAGACCACUCGGCGUCACUACCGCCACCGGGAGGUGUGGGAGGCUUACAUGUACCGGGCGGCGGUGCUGCGGUCGCAGAUGAAGGUGGCCGACGCCACACUGAUCAUCCACUGCUUCGCCACCGUGGGCAAAAGGGUCGACUCAUUCCUCGACUACAUGCUCGACGUGGACAGCCACACACAUACAAACACACCGCUACAAAGGAGAAUCUGUCUGUGUCUGUCUGGUGUGGUUGGACUGUGCAGGGCCUGCGAGGGCGGCUGCACAAUUUCCGGCUGGGCCACCUGGCGCUGCUGUUGGUGAGUGUGUGCAAGCUGAGGAGAGAGGACAAGUUCCUCGUCGAAGCCGCCCUGCCGGUCAUCUACAAGAAACUGACGGCACAAGCGCCGCCGAAGGUGAGAUGGCAAGAAGGAGGAUCCUGUCGUCACUUUUUCCUUAUGCCUGCCUGCCUGUCUGCCUGUCUGUCCUUGACGCACAGGACAUAGCGGUCCUCGCCCAUGCGUACGUGCGGAUCGACGGGCCGAGCCGACAAGCGGUGCUCGACAGGGUGGCUGCAGCUAUCGCCCCACGGAUAAGGAAGCUCGAGAACCCCUUGACCCUAAGCCUGCUGCUCCAUGCCUUCACCUUCCCCCCACCACACAUGGUGCCCUUCACCAAGAGAGCCUCAUUCCUCCCCAGCAACAAGAGAGACGACAGCGGCGGUGCGCCGGCCGGCCCCUCAGCUACAGAGGCAGAGACUCCGGAGGCGGCCGUCUUGCGCGACGCUGCAUCAGCAUCAGAGCCCAUCCGGUUCGCCAAGGGCGGUUCUGACGAGAGUGAGGCUGGCGAUGGUCUGCCGCACCGAGCGCUCAUCCAGUUGCUGCUGGACCAGGCGUCCAAGCACCUGCACAAGUUCCGGUCCACCGACCUGAUGUUCCUCUUCCUCUCCAUGCAGCAGAUCUUCCGACGCGACAAACCACCGCCACCACCAGCAGCAGCAGCAGCCGAGGGGGCGGAGGACCACCCCCAGCCUGGUGAGGAGGAGUGGGAGGAGGCCGCUGAUGACGACGAGCGGAGAGCCCUGAGGAAGGUCUAUGGCCGGCAUUUGGGCAAGAAGAAGAAACCGUCGCCCCUAGACACCGGCACCGGGAUGGUCCCCUUCCUGCUGCUGCGGCAGGUGACGCGUCAACUGCAGAACGUGCUGUUCGAGCUGCGCGGCCCUGAGUUCAUCAAGCUGCUCAGCACCUUCCCAGACAUCCCACCCACGGCCAUCGACAGUGCCGUUAAGGCCAGAGUGCUGGAGGAGCUCAGAUACCGGGUGGCCGAUUUGGUGGGGCAGCAAUCGUAUGGUGGGAGGGAUGUGUGCAUAGAUGUGUGUGAAUAUGGAUGCAUGGGAUGGGAUGGGAUGCCACUUGUACAGACAUACGUGGACGCAUGAGUGACUCCUUCAACAUUAAUCUCGUGAUCACAUUCGCAUCAAGUCGCAGUGAGGUUUACAACGAAGGAAAAGGCAUGCACACGCACACGCUCACGCAAAUGAACGCACUGCAAUGCCAUGCAAUGCCAUGCGAUGGACUAAGCAUAA